CUACGCAUGUUCCAACCUCAUUCGCCUACCUCCAAUUCGGAGUGAAGUUUCUUACUACAAGGCUGCGGUUGGAUCUCUGAGCGCAGGUUGGUUCGGGGUGCAGGGCAGCCCAGCAGGUCUGAGGGAUCGUGCAGGGGCAGCCGGAAAUGCUGUCUUUCAGUGAUGUGGCCAUUGAUUUCUCUGCAGAAGAGUGUGAAUGGCUGGACCCUGCUCAGUGGACUUUGUACAAGGAUGUGAUGUUGGAGAAUUUCAGCAACCUUGUGUUCUUGGGACUUGCUUCAUCUAAGCCUUCCCUGGUCACAUUUCUGGAGCAAAGACAAGACCCUUCAGACAUCAAGAGACAAGCAGCAGCUGCCAUGCAAACAGGAAAAAAACACAAUGCAGGCAAAGAAUGUGGUAAAACCUUUCCUUGGAACUCACCUAUUAGCCACCAGAAAAUCAAUUUAAGAAUGAAGCCAUAUUAUAAGUGUGAAGAAUGUGGUAAGGCCUUCCAUAGUCCAUCAUUACUUUGUUUACACAAAAGAAUUCAUACAGGAGAGAAACCCUUCAAAUGUGGUGUAUGUGGCAAAUCAUUCAGAAGUCCAUCAGUAUUUUCUGGACACGAGAAAAUUCAUAUAGGAGAGAAACAAAACAAGUAUGAAGUAUGUGACAAGGCCUUCUAUGUUCCAUCACUGCUUUCUGUAAACAAGAGAAUUCAUACAGGAGAGGAUCCCUACCAGUGUAAAGUCUGUGGCAAGGCCUUCUACAAUCCAUCACAAUUUUCUGAACACAAGAAAAUUCAUAUAGGAGUGAAAUUCUACAAUUGUGAAGCGUGUGGAAAGGUCUUUAAUCGCCCAUCACGACUUUCUUUACACAUGAAGAUUCAUACAGGAGAGAAACCCUACCAGUGUGAUGUAUGUGGCAAGGCCUUCUGUGUUCCAUCCCGACUUUCUAAACACAAGAGGAUCCAUACAGGAGAAAAACCCUAUGCGUGUGAAGUGUGUGGCAAGGCCUUCAUUUGCUCAUCAGUACUGUCUGUACAUAAGAGGGUUCAUACAGGAGAAAAGCUGUACAAGUGUGAAGUGUGUGCCAAGGCCUUCCAUGCGUCAUCAUUGCUUUCCAAACACAGAUUGAUUCAUACAGGCGAGAAGCCCUGCCAGUGUGAAGUGUGUGGCAAAGCCUUCACAUACCCAUCAUUACUAUCUCUACACAAGAGCUGUCAUACAGAAGAGAAACCCUUCAAGUGUGAAGUGUGUGGCAAAGCCUACAAUAGACCUUCAACACUUUCUGUACACAAGAGGGUUCACACGGGACAGAAACUCUACCUGUGUGAGGUGUGUGGCAAGGCCUUCCAUGUUCCGUCACAGGUUUCUGUACACAAGAGGAUUCAUUCAGGGGAGAAACACUACCAGUGUGAAGUGUGUGGCAAAGCCUACAAUAGUCCCUCAGGACUUUACAUCCACAGGAGGGGCCACACAGGAGAGAAACCCUAUAAAUGCGAAACGUGUGGCAAAGGCUACAAUAGCCCAUCAGGACUUUCUGUACACAGGAAGAUCCACACCGGACAGAAACCCUGCAAGUGUGAAGUGUGUGCCAAGGCCUUCUAUGUUCCAUCCCAACUUUCUGAACACAGGAGAAUUCAUACUGGUGAGAAUCCCUACAAGUGUGAAGUGUGUGGCAAGGCCUUCAAUCGCCCAUCACGACUUUCUCUGCACAAGAGGAUUCAUUCAGGAGAGAAACCCUUCAAGUGUGAAGUGUGUGGCAAAUCCUACAGUAGUCCCUCAGGACUUUAUUCGCACAAGAAGAUUCAUACAGGGGAGAGACCGUAGAAGUGGGACGUCGGUGUCAAGGUUUCCUGCUGGAUCAUUCCUUAAAGUACAUGAGAGAAUUUAUCCAGGUGAGAAACCUUACGGGUAUGUGACAAGGACUUCUCUGUCCCAUCAUGACUUUCUGUACACAAGAGCAUUCAUACAGGAGAGAAACCCGACAAGUGUUAAAUAUAUGGCAAUGUCUUUAAAACUUCAUGGAUUCUUUCUCAUUUUUAAUAAUCCGUUCUGGAAAGAAACCCUACUGUGAAGAAUAUGAAAAAGCCCUAUGUAAAAAGUCAUACUUAACUCAGCACAAAUUAUCUCACACUUGGGAGAAAACCACUAGUGCAAGGAAUGUGGCAAAGACUUUAGAACUUAAACACACGUUCUCAACACCAGGCUUUUCAUACUGGAGAGAAACAUUAAAAGUGUGGAGAAUGGCAAGGUGUUUUAUAAGCCUUAUGGCCUUAAACAACAUCAAAGAAUUGAUUUGUGAGAGAAACUCUGAAGAAUAUGCCAAGAUUUUUUGUACUUACUAACAAGUCUUGAAUCACCUGAUCAUUCAUACUGGAGAGAAAUGUCAUUAGGGUCAUCAAUUUUGAAAGCACUUUUAUGAGCUUUCUAGUACUUCUCAAGGUAGUUCAAACUUCAGUGAAAUAAUACAAGUGCCAAAAUGUUCAUAAUAUGUUUCCUACUUCUUAAAACUCUAAAAGAUAUCAAAAUAUAUUCUAGAUAAAAAUCCUUCAAUUAGGUGGGAUAUCCUAAUGCUAAGUGGAAAAUCCGGGAAACAGAGAUAGAAAGGAGUAGGUAGAGUCAAGGAGAAACCAUGUAAGUUCCAAAAGAGAAAGA